UAUCUCAGCCUUUCCCAGCAAUUUCCCGACUGGAUCCCGAUCCAAAGCAUCUCAUUUCACACCACCAAAUCGCUUCCUUUCCAUUUAACACUGAAAAUGGUCUGUGAAUAUGAAUUCCCUGAAUGCGAAAUUCUGGCAUCACACCAUUUAUUUGAAUACUGCUGGUGGUUGACUUAUUGACACUACUAUACCCACACAUUCUUGUUUCAUAUGAAGCUGACUCGUGUCAGCAUCGGGAUCCGGCGAACCAGAAAUCAGGCGAGUGGCAGCCAGGAGUUCAGUGGGUCUUGGGUCACAUGACUGUCGCCUGAUAAUACUUUUGCUGCAGCGCUCAACACCCUAAACCUGCACAGGCAGCAAUAUGCUCCUCAGCUUCCUGACAACGUUUUUUCUGGCAGCAGCUGAGGCUGAGGUUUCUGGCAUCGCUACUCCUCUGUUUCACCUCCCCGGGGAGCUGGACGGCAGGACGCUCCUAGUCUGCCUUGUCAGCGAUCUUCUGCAGGAUGACGUGGAGGUGGCUUGGAUCUCCAGUCGCGCAGGGAGGUCUAACCAGACCUUCUACAGUGUUCUAAGGGAGGAUGAUGGCUCACACAGUGUCAUGUCUAUCGUCUCUGUAGCUUUACAUGAAUGGGAGUCAUUCAUGUGCUUCGUGAGCUACACUGGGCUGGCCAACCUCAAAACCAGGCAUUACAUUGGAGUAUCAAAACACAAAGAUGAUGGCACCUGUUUGGAUUAUCGAACUAAUAUCUCUCAAGAUAUAUUCUCAGUGAUCCGGACACAGACUGAUGCUAUCGUCAUUGUGGCUCUCAGAAUUCUGUUUCUAAAAUCCACUGUUUUCAAUUUUUUGAUGACCACACGGGUCAUCAUGAACAGUGGAGACAUCAGGGAAGAGCAGAGUGUAACAGUGGAAAGGGUUCUGACGCACUCCCUGGCCUGCAGAGCCCACUUUCGGCAAGGAGUGUGACAGCAGCGAACAGCAAUGGAAGAGUUGGACUGAGCCACAGAGGGACGCCGUACCCUUCACCCGGGCAGCUGAAGGAAAGUCUCCGGAGCUCGAUUCUUAAAAGAAGGAUCCAUAGCCUAAGUAACUGCUGUUGUACCGUUAAGCGAGCUGCUGACUGACCGUAUUGCAGUCCUCUGGGAUACAGUAGAUGCAAAAUUUGAUAGCAUUUUGAUGAAUAAGCCAUGAGAUCGAUGACAGAUCGCACUGCUCGGUGGUAAAAAAUUGUAGUGGGAAGAAAAUCUUCUGUAAAGCUGUCAAUUUUGAAAAUGAUUAGUUGAUGAAGGCAGGAUUAUGUCCAAUUUUUUUCCCAAUGAUGCCUUUGGGUUUUACUUUGGUUAAUUUAACUUAGAGAGCUUGUUUCAGUGUUUGAAGAUGAACGUCUGUGAACAUACAUCUGUGAACUUCUAGCUUUGCCAUACGCCACAAACCAGGUGUGAUGAAUUGUGGGAUGUGGGAAUUCAUCCAAAAGAGGCUCACCUGCGGCCUACUGAUAGCAUCAUCUAUCCAACCUGCGCAACUAACCAGGGCAAGCAGAUGUUUCUUUGUGUUGCGCAACUCCUUUUGACUU